AUGACACUGAGGUGGUGCUGCAAAGUUGGAGAAUACUACAGUCACGAAGGUAGAGUAAGGAGUAGUAUCCCUAUCUUGAAUAAACUCUGUACUCGACCAGAGGGAUCAUCAAAUCAUCAGUUCCGUAAAAAACGUUUAAUUGACUCAACAUCCUAUGCAGAUAGACCAUUGUCAAUUUUUCAAGCUUCAUACAUUGUAAAUAUUCUAAGAUCUGGAGUUAGUUACUGUUCUGGAACUAUUUUAUCCAACAGUAUUGUGAUAACUGCUGCUAACUGUGUUAAUGAGAGAAAUGUAAAUUAUAUUAUUCUAUCUGGUUCACUCUCGAGACACCAGGGCAAGAUUCACAUUAUAAAAAGGAUAUUAAAACACCCACGGUUUAAUCCAAGAACUUUGACAUACAAUCUUGCCUUGAUAAGAGUUUUUCCAUAUUUCCAGUUUGGCUUGGGAAAACUAAAUCAACCAAUUCCUCUACACAGUCCAGUUUACAUAAGACCUGGUACUCCUCUCAGCUUCGGCGGUUGGGGAUGCGUCCGUACGAUACCGAAAAUAUUAUUUCCGGAUGAGCUCAAAAUGAGCCGUAUACCGCUAAUGAGUCGACAAUUAUGUCAACAAUAUUAUCGCGAAGCUGUUCAAAUUGGAGAAGAAACAAUAUGCGCUCUUGAUAAAAAUUCGAAAGUAGGCAGUUGUUUGGGUGAUGAAGGUGGUCCUCUAGUUCGUAAUUACGAACUCGUUGGUGUUUUUUCUUUUCGAAAAGGAAUUUUGAAUGGGCGUAAUCCAGAAAUUUUUACGGACGUACGGAAUCCGGGAAUUAGACAAUGGAUUACUUCUACUAUGCAAAAUAUUACCAUGUGGGUUUCAUACCCUCGUCCUCACAGAAAAAACUAG